AUGCUGCUGCUGGCGGCCGCCUUCCUUGUGGCCUUCGUGCUGCUGCUCUACAUGGUGUCGCCGCUCAUCAGCCCCAAGCCCCUCGCGCUGCCCGGGGCGCAUGUGGUGGUGACGGGAGGCUCCAGUGGCAUCGGGAAGUGCAUCGCUAUCGAGUGUUUCAAACAGGGAGCGUUCAUCACGCUGGUUGCACGCAACGAGGAGAAGCUGCUGCAGGCCAAGAAAGAAAUCGAAAAGCACUCGAUUAACGACAAGCAGGUGGUGCUUUGCAUUUCUGUCGAUGUUUCUCAAGACUACAGCCAAGUAGAGAAUGUGAUCAAACAAGCUCAGGAGAAACUGGGUCCGGUGGACAUGCUCGUGAACUGUGCAGGGAAGGCGAUUUCAGGGAAAUUUGAAGAGCUGGAAGUUAGUAGUUUUGAAAGGCUCAUGAGCGUCAACUACCUGGGCAGCGUGUACGCCAGCCGCGCGGUCAUCACCACCAUGAAGGAGCGGCGCGUGGGCAGGAUCGUCUUUGUGUCCUCCCAGGCUGGACAGCUCGGCUUGUUUGGCUUCACGGCCUACUCCUCGUCCAAGUUCGCCUUGAGAGGACUGGCCGAAGCGCUGCAGAUGGAGGUGAAGCCAUAUAACGUGUACGUGACCGUGGCCUACCCACCCGACACAGACACCCCUGGGCUGGUGGAGGAGAACAAGACGAAGCCUUUAGAGACCCAGCUUAUUUCAGAGACCACAUCCCUCUGCAGACCAGAGCAGGUGGCCAAACAGAUCGUCAGAGACGCCAUACAAGGAAAUUUUAACAGCACCAUUGGCGCGGAUGGGUACAUGCUCUCGUCCCUGACCUGUGGGAUGGCCCCCGUCACCUCCAUCACUGAAGGCCUCCAGCAGGUGGUGACCAUGGGCCUCUUCCGCAUAAUCGCCUUGUUCUACCUGGGCAGCUUCGACAGCAUCAUCCGGCGCUGCAUGAUGCAGAGAGCAAAGGCCAAGGUGGCCGACAAGACGGCCUGA